AAUCCUAGCUACCACAAUUAUUGACAAAUAAACAAACUAAUGUUGGUUGAAAACGCUGCAUUUUGCAAAACAAUACAAAUCAUAGUGAUGAUGUUAUAUAUAGUAGAAUCAUUGUUUGUAAUGGAUGUGAAAAAGAUGGAGAUGAACUUGAGAAUUGAAGACCUAAACGAAGAAACAAAGACUCUAAUCUCUUCACUUCCUUCAGACAAAGAUUUCACUGGGAAAACUAUUUGCAAGUAUCAAGGAUGUUGGUAUACUCACAAUGUUCUUCAAGCUGUCCUCAAUUUCCAGAAAAGCUUCAAGCCUCAAGACACCGAUAUCAUCGUUGCUUCGUUCCCUAAAUGCGGCACCACUUGGCUCAAGGCGCUUACAUUCGCACUCCUUCAUAGAUCAAAACAGCCUUCUCAUGAUGAUGAUCAUCCUCUUCUUUCUAAUAAUCCACACGUUCUUGUACCCUACUUUGAGAUAGAUCUCUAUCUACGUAGCGAAAAUCCUGACCUUACCAAGUUCUCAUCAUCUCCGAGGCUGUUUUCGACACACGUGCCGUCACAUACGUUGCAAGAAGGUCUCAAAGGUUCUACUUGUAAAAUUGUGUAUAUAUCUAGAAACGUAAAAGACACAUUGGUUUCAUAUUGGCAUUUCUUUACUAAGAAACAAACCGAUGAAAAAAUAAUAAGCAGUUUCGAGGAUACGUUUGAGAUGUUUUGUAGGGGAGUCAGCAUUUUCGGGCCUUUUUGGGAUCAUGUCUUAAGCUAUUGGAGAGGAAGCUUGGAAGAUCCAAACCAUGUGCUUUUUAUGAAGUUUGAAGAGAUGAAAGCAGAACCUCGUGACCAGAUCAAGAAAUUUGCCGAGUUCUUAGGUUGUCCUUUUACUAAGGAAGAAGAAGAGAGCGGAUCGGUGGAUGAGAUUAUCGAUCUUUGUUCUCUACGUAAUCUGAGCAGUUUGGAGAUCAAUAAGACCGGAAAAUUGAAUUCUGGUAGAGAAAACAAAAUGUUUUUCCGUAAAGGAGAAGUUGGUGAUUGGAAGAACUAUUUGACUCCUGAAAUGGAGAACAAAAUCGACAUGAUCAUUCAAGAGAAACUUCAAAACUCUGGUUUGAAAUUCUGAGUUUGUGCAUUGUAAUAAUAAGACUACCUCUUAUGCUGUUGUUCUAUUCCUUUUGAUGUAAUAAUGAUUAUGAAUAAUGGUCUUUGUUUUCGUUCACUCGUUCG